GCCUUACGCUCCCGGAAGUGGGAGGUGUCCGCUGGAGUUUGUGUGGCCGCCGCCGCGGGAACGCGAGCCCGGUAAUUUUUCAACGGAGAAAGGCGAGGCUCUCGGGCUUGGCCGAGUGAGAGUUAGCGAGUGGCGGACACCAGCAGUUCUCUUCUUAGGUGACACGCAGCAUGGAGGAUGAGCAGAGCCACCAGCCCGGCGGCGAGGCCCUGGCUCCCGCGCGGCGCGGGUCGCUGGGGUCGGAGUGCGGGGAGCAGCCGCAGCAUCGGAAUCCCGAGAAAAAGCAACGAUGUAGACUUGAUGGCCAAGAAACAAAAGGAUCUAAAUUCAUUACCUCCAUUGCAAGUGAUUUCAGUGACCCAGUUUACAAAGAGAUUGCUAUUACAAAUGGUUGCAUUAAUAGAAUGAGUAAGGAAGAGCUCAGAGCUAAACUUUCAGAAUUUAAGCUUGAAACCAGAGGUGUAAAGGAUGUACUAAAGAAGAGACUGAAAAACUAUUAUAAGAAGCAGAAGCUGAUGUUGAAAGAGGGCAGUUGUGCUGACAGUUACUAUGACUACAUCUGUAUUAUUGACUUCGAAGCCACUUGUGAAGAGGGUAACCCACCUGAGUUCAUACAUGAAAUAAUAGAAUUUCCUGUUGUUUUACUGAAUACACAUACCUUAGAAAUAGAAGAUACGUUUCAGCAGUAUGUGAGACCAGAGAUUAACACACAACUUUCUGAUUUCUGCAUCAAUCUAACUGGAAUUACUCAGGAUCAGGUGGACAAAGCUGAUACCUUCCCUCAGGUACUAAAAAAAGUCAUUGACUGGAUGAAAUUGAAGGAAUUAGGAACAAAGUAUAAGUAUUCUAUAUUAACAGAUGGUUCAUGGGAUAUGAGUAAGUUCCUGAACAUUCAGUGCCGGCUAAGUAGGCUUAAAUAUCCACCUUUUGCCAAAAAAUGGAUCAAUAUUCGGAAGUCAUAUGGAAACUUUUAUAAGGUUCCUAGAAGCCAAACCAAGCUAACAAUAAUGCUUGAAAAACUCGGAAUGGAUUAUGAUGGGCGACCUCACAGUGGUCUUGAUGACUCUAAGAACAUUGCCCGAAUAGCUGUUCGAAUGCUUCAGGAUGGGUGUGAACUCCGGGUUAAUGAGAAAAUGCAUGCAGGACAGCUAAUGAGUGUGUCCUCUUCGCUACCAAUAGAGGGCACCCCAGCUCCACAAAUGCCCCAUUCCAGAAAAUAACAGCACUUUUGCUCUUUUGCCCGUGGAUCAUUCACUCUAACUGGAGCUGCUACCAAAGAGGUAGCAGAUGAAUACUUAUUGAAUUAGUCCUGCAGUGCAAAACUUAAGCACCUUAAACAUUUAAAAUCUUAUUUCAGUUAUAGAUAGAUGCAUAUAUAUGUGAACAGUUCUGUGGGGAGGGCAUAUUGAAUUUUUUGUCAUCAGCACUUUUGAUAUGAGCAGUAUUUGUUACACAGUAGCAGUUCCUGCUUAGAACUGAAUUUGUAAUUUAAGGUGUCCAAGAUGUGUUCUUUUUGGUUUUAAAAUGUUGGCUCUCCCCUUGAAUGUCAUUUCUUAUUGAUGUUAAAAUAUGUAAAAUGUAUUUCUACAUUAACAGCAUUAGAUCAGAUUAUUUCUUAAAAUACAGAAAAGAUGGGAAAGAUAGGCCCUAUAUAGCCUUUGGUUUUUAAGAGUAUCAUAGUCUUUUUGGUUUUUGGAGUUUCUUUGUGAAGGUCAGCUGCGAGUGGUGAAUUUCAUAAAGUACUUGGUACACAUAUCUGCCUGUGGGUUUUUUUUUUCAUAAUUGAAAGACCUGUGAUAGAUUAUAGGAUCUCAUUAGAAAUGCAGGUACUCAUGAGGUUAAUAGAAAGUCAAAAGAAAAUACCAUCUAAGGAAAUGUAAAGGCUACAGCUUAAACUUUAUAAUGUAUAAAUAAAUCAUUGGGGGUUUUUGGAUUAGUGGGGUUUUUUAUUUUAUUGUUGUUCCCCUUCCUCUUAGGUCAUAUAUCUGUCCUAAUUCUUAAAUCUAAGAGACCACGUUUCGAGUUAGACUUAAUUUUUGUAUUUGUAAUGAACAUUAAGAGUGAGGCUAAUAAAGUCAAUGUUUUUUUUUAAACUAUAUCUUAUAUUUUAUUAUUAUAAAUUGAUUUUACAUAGUGAGUGACCACAAAAUGUUGAAUAGUUAAUUCUUAACUAAUUCUGAGAACAAAAGUUGUUUAUGGAAUUUAGAAAGUAAAAUUCUCCUUACCUAGAAGCUAAAAAUGCAUAUCUUUGGAACUAGAUUUCCCCCUGUAGCUUUCUUGGAACAAUUUCAUUGGCAUUGUUUCUUAUCAUUUACUUUCUAAUAAUAAUUGUGAUGUGGGGCACAGUCUUUAAGAUAUUAACCUGCUGUGGCCCCUUUUGCCUGGCAAAGCAAUAAAGCUAUCUUUUUCUCCUUAACCUCCCCUCCCCCCAAAUUUGUGAUGCUAGUUUUUUUUAAUGGUUUAUGCAUUAUAAUCAAAUGAAUUGUAUACGGUCUUCCAACACAGAUGCAUAGGAUAAAAGUAGGCAUUUUUCUUGGUAUGAGAAUUCUCCACACAGUGCUAUAGGCUUUUUGCUUGAAAGAGUGAAUUUCUGCUGUUAAGCAACAGUUGUAGAAUCAGCAUCAUAAUGAAUAACAAGUGGAUAACAGAAGGUACAAGAAUAUACAAUGCCCUUAGACAAACUUAGAUACAGAUUAUAGUAAAACCAGGAAAUCUAGAUGUUUUAGGUUUACACAAUAAACUCUAGGGGUGAAGUGGAUAUAGGCUGAAGAUUUUUGUGACUCUCUAAUAGCAUAGUACGAUAUACCAUAAAGUAUUACUUGACAUUUUAAAGCAGGUCCUUUAAAUUCUGAGUUACUGUGCCAGGGCCAAGUAGUAGAGAACAACAAAUCAUUACCAAGGUGUGGAUCCACUCACACUCCUUGGGGGAUUUUUCCACAUAGCUUUCUUACCAUAGAAUUCAAAUUCAUGCUGCAGCUUCCAGAGCUACUCACAAUAGCAAAAAAUUGCAAUAUUACAAUUUUACAAAUGGGAAUAUUACAUUGCCCUCUUCCUUUGUUUUUAAGUUAAGCUGCUAAUCUUUUUGCCUAUUUUUCUUGUUGCCAAGUACCAACAAGCUCGUUUUAUAUGUCUUUUUAAGAUCUUCAACAUUAUAAGCGUUCAUUAUCCUCUUGGCUCAACCAAAUGUCUUGUGAUGCUUUACUGUACUAAUUUUUUUAAACUUUACUGAGGAAUAAUUAGCAGAUAUGUAUAUAUUUAAGUAUAAAUGUGAUAAUUUGAUAGAUAUCGUGGAAUGGUACCAAGGUCAAGAUAAUUAACACAUCACCUCAUGUAGUUAGCUGCUUCUUUUUUUUUUUUGUUUGUUUGUUUUUGUUUGAUGGUCAGAAUGCUUGAGGUCUACUCUCGGCAGCUUUCAGGUAUACAGUACCAAAUUAACUAUAGUCACAAUACUGUACAUUACAUUCUCAGAGAUUAUUCAUUGUAAAACUGAAAAUGUGUAUCCUUUGACCUACAUUGCCCCAUUUCUACCAUCCCCACCCUUUGGCAACAGAUGUUCUAUUGUUUCUGUGAAAUUGCUUUUUUUUUCUUUUUCCUCUAGAUUCCACAUGUAAGUGAUACCAUACAGUAUUUGUUUUCUUCAUCUGGCUUAUUUCAUUUACACCUCCAGGUUCAUCCACAUUGUCACAAAUGGUAGGAUAUCCUUCAUUUUUUUAUGGCUAAAUAAAUUCCUCUGUGUGUGUGUGUGUGUGUGUACCAUUUUUGUUUGUUUCAGGGUAUAAAAGUACUCUUUUGAGAGUUCAUUUUUGACUUCUCCUUUGACCCAUUAGUUAGCUCAGAAGUGUGUUGUGUAAUUUCCACAUAUUUAUGAACUUUCUUCCUUUCCUUUUAUCGAUUUCUAGUUUUAUAUGAUUGCAGUUAGAAAAGAUAAUUGAUGUGGUUUCUGUUGUCUUAAAUUUGUUGUGAUUUAUUUUGUGACCUCACAUAUGAUCUAUCCUAAGAAUGUUCCUUGUGUGCUUGAGAAGAAUAUGUACAGUUAUACCUCAGAGAUGUUGUAGGUUUGGUUCCAGACCACUACAAUAAAGUGAUUAUGAUAAAGUGAGUCACAUGAAUUUUUUGGUGUAUUAACAUUAUACUGUAGUUUAGUGUGCAGUAGCAUUAUGUCUAAAAAAUGUACAUACCUUAAUUAAAAAAUACUUUCAUUGGAGUUCCCGUCAUGGCUCAGUGGAAAUGAAUCUGACUAGUAUCCAUGAGGACACAGGUUCGAUUCCUGGGACUUGCUUAGUAGGUUAAGGAUCUGGCAUUGCUGUGGUUGUGGUGUAGGCUGGCAGCUGCAGCUCUGAUUCAGCCCCUAGCCUGGGAACCUCCAUAUGCCAUGGGUGCAGCCCUAAAAAAAACUUUUAUUAAAGCUAAAAAAUUCUAACGUCAUCUGAGCCUUCAGUGAGUUGUAAUUUUUUUUGCUAGUGGAGGAUCCUUCCUUGAUGUUGAUGGCUGCUGACUGAUCAGGGUGGUAGUUGGUGAAGGUUAAAGUGGCUGUGACAGUUUCUUAAGACAGCAAUGAAAGUUUGCCACAUUGAUUGACUCCUGUUUUCACAAUUUCGCCAUAGCAUGCAGUCCUGUUUGGUAGCAUUUUAUCUACCUUUCAAAACUGGAAUCAGUCCUCUCAAACCCUGUCACUGCUUUAUCAGCUAAUUGUAAUACUCUAAAUCCUUAUUGUCAUUUCAACAAUCUUCAUGGCAUUUUCAACAGGAGUAGAUUCUGUCUCAAGAAACCACUUUCUUUGCUCAUCUGUACAAAGCAGCUUCUCAUCCAUUGGUUUUCAUCAUGAGGUUUCAGCAAUUCAUUCACAUCUUUAGGCUCCAUUUCUGAUUCUAGUUUUCUUGCUAUUUCCACUACGUCUGCAGUUACUUCCUCCACUGAAGUCUUGAACCCUUCAAAGUUAUCUUUGGGAGUUGGAAUAAACUUCUUACAAAUUUCUGUGAAUGUUGCUACUUUGACCUGUUCCCAUGAAUUUUUAAUGUUCUUUUUUUUUUGUCUUUUUGCCUUUUCUAGGGCCACUUCUGUGGCAUAUGGAGGUUCCCAGGCUAGGGAUCUAAUCAGAGCUGUAGCCGCCGGCCUACAACAGAGCCACAGCAACGUGGGAUCUGAGCCUCGUGUUCAACCUACAGCACAGUUCACAGCAACGCCAGAUCCUUAACCCACUGAGCAAGGCCAGGGAUUGAACCCGCAACCUCAUAGUUCCUAGUUGGAUUCGUUAACCACUGAGCCACAACGGGAACUCCGAAUUUUGAAUGUUCUAAUUGCAUCUAGAAGUGAAUCCUUUCCAGGAGGUUUUCAAUUGACUUUGCCCAGAUCCAUCAGAUUGGAAAUGUAUUCCUUUUUUAUUUUUGUUUUGUCUUUUGUCUUUUUAGGACCACACCCAUGGCAUAUGGAGGUUCCCAGGCUAGAGAUCUCAUCGGAGCUAUAGCUGCCGGCCUACACCACAGCCAUAGCAACGCCAGAUCCAAGCCACGUUUGUGACCUACACCACAGCUCACGGCAAUGCCAGAUCCUUAACCCACUGAGCAAAGCCAGGGAUCGAACCCGCAACCUCGUGGUUCCUAGUCGGAUUUGUUUCCGCUGUGCCAUGAGGCGAACUCCUUAAAGGAUAAGACCUUAAAGUAGGAAUAUUCCCUGAUCCAUAGGCUGCAGAAUGGAUAUUGUGUUAGCAAGCAUGAAAACAACGUUGAUCUUGUUGUAUAUCUCCAUCAGAGGUCUUGGGUGACAUGGUGACUUGUUGAUGAGCAGUAAUGUUCUGAAAGGAAUCUUUUUCUGAGCAGUAGGUCUCAACAGUGAGUUUAAAAUAUUCAGUAAACCUUGUUGUAGAAAUAUGCUGUCAUCCAAGUUUUGUUGUUUUAUAGAGCACAGACAGAGUAGAUUGUCAUCAUUCUUGAAGGCCCUGGGAGUUUCAGUGUGGCAGAUAAUGGCUUCAGCUUUAAGUCACCAGCUGCAUUAUCCCCUAAGAAGAGAGUUGGCCUGCGCUUUGAAGCUUUGCAGCUAGGCAUUGACUUCUCUCUAGCUGUGAAAGCCCUAGAUGGCAUCUUUUUCCAAUAGAAGGUAGUUUUAUCUACAUCGAAAAUCUGUUGUUUGGUGUAGCCACCCUAUUAAGUAUCUUAGUUAGAUCCUCUGCAUAACUUGCUGCAGCUUCUACAUCAGCACUUGCAGCUUCACCUUACACUUUUAUAUUAUGAAGACAGCUUCUUUCUUUAAACCUCAUGAACCAGCCUUUGCUGGCUUCACACUUUUCUUCUGCAGCUUCAUUUCUUUCAGCCUUCGUAGAAUUGAAAAGAGGACCUUACUUUGGGCUAUACUUUGACUUAAGGGAAUGUUGUGGCUAGUUUGGUCUAUCCAGACCACAAAACUUUAUCAACAAUAAGGCUGUUUCACUUUCUUAUCAAUUCAUGUGUUCAUUUUUAAUUUCCUUCAAGAAUUUUUCCUUUGCAUUCACAAGUUGGUUGUUCAGUGCAAGAGGCCUAGCUUUUGGCCUAUCUUGACUUUUGACAUGCCUUUCUCACUAAGCUUAAUCAUUUCUAGCUUUUGAUUUAAAGUGAGAGAUGUGCAAUUCUUCCUUUCAUUUGAACAAUUAGAAGCCAUUACAGAGUUUUUAAUUGGCCUAAUUUCAAUAUUGUUGUAUCUCCGGGAAUAGGGAGGCCUGGAUAGGGAAAGCCAUGGGAACAGCUGAUCUGUAGAGCAGUCGGAACACACAUAACAUUUAUGGAUUAAGUUUACUGUUUAAUAUGGACACCGUCUGUGCUUCAAAACAAUUACUGCAGUAAUAGCAAAGAUUACUGGUCACAGAUCACUGUAACAAACAUAACAAUGAAAAUGUUUGAAAUGUUGCAAGAAUUACCAAAAUAUAACACAGAGGCACAAAGUGAGCAAAUGCUGUUGGAAAAAUGGCAUUGAUGAAUUUGCUUAACACAGCAUUGCUACAAACCUUCAAUUAAAAAAAAAAGGUGCAGUAUCUGUGGGGUACCAUAAAGCAAAGUGCAACAAAAUGAGGUAUGCCUGUAUUCUGCAGCUGUUAGAUGGAAUGAUCUGUAUAUGUAUGCUGGGUCCACUUGUCCUAAAGUGUCAUUCAAGUCCAUUAUUUUCUUAAUUGAUUUUCUGUCUGAAUAAUCAUUGAUCCCAUUGUUGACAGUGGAAUUUUGAAAUCCUCUACUCUUACUGCAUUGCUUUGUUUUUGCUUUCAGAUCUGUUAAUAAUUGUUUAAUAUAUUUAGGUGCCCCAGUAUUGGUAUGUACAUAUUUACAAUUGUUAUAUCCUUUUAAAAUUAAUUCAGACCUCUUAAUUAUAUAAUGACCUUUGUUUUUGUUAAGCUUUAUGUUAAAGUCUGUUUUGUUUGAUAUAAUUAUAGCUACUCCUCUCUUUUGUUUUCCAUUUUAAUGGACUAUCUUUUUCCUUCCCUUUACUUUUAGCUUGUAAGGGUCCUUAAAGCAUAAGUGAGUCUCUUGUAGUGAGCAUAUAAUUAGGUCUUGUUUUUAUACCUAUUCAACCACUCUAUGUCUUUCAAUUAUAAAAACAAUUUACAGGGAGUUCCUGUCGUGGCUCAUUGGUAACGAACCCAACUAGGAUCCAUGAGGAUGCAGGUUUGAUCCCUGGCCUUGCUCAGUGGGUUAAGGGCCCGGUGUUGCUGUGAGCUGUGGCAUAGCUCCAAUUUGACCCCUAGCCUGGGAAUUUCCAUAUGCUGAGGGUGCAGCCCUAAAAAAAAAAAAAAAAAAAAAAAAAAAAAAUUACGUUUAGAUUAAUUAUUGAUGGGUAAGAAUUUAUUAUCUCCAUUUUGUUAAUUGCCUGUGAUUAUUUUGUGAUUCCUUUGUUCCUCUCUUUGUGUUUGUCUUUGGGAGUUGAUAUUUUUGUAGCAGUAUGCUUUGACUCUUUUCUCUUUAUCACUUGUGUGUCUGUUCUGUGCUUUGUCUUUGUGAUUACCAUGAGGCUAUCAUUAUAAAGUUGACCCUUGAGUAAUGUGGGUUUGAACUGCAUGGGUCCAUUUAUAUGUGGAUUUUUUUUCCGGUAGUAAAUAUUACAGUCCUCAUAUGAUAUGCAUUUGGUUAAAUCUGUGGAUAUGGAAUGGUAGAUAUGGAGGAACCAAGUAUAUAGAGGACCAACUGUAAGUUAUACACAGAAUUUCAAUUGCAUGAGGGUCAGCAACCCUAACUUCUGCAUUGUUCAAGGGUCAACUGUACAUCUUAUAAUUAUGAUAGUCUUUUAAACAGGCUGGUAACAACUGCACUUAAUUGCAUAAAAAAGUUCUGCACAUUUGCUUAUCCUACCCCCACAUUUUAUGUUGUUGUUUCAUUUUAUGUCUUUUUAUGUUGUGUAUACAUUAACAAAGUAUUUUAUUUUUAAUACUUUUGUACCUUAAUCUGUGUGCUUGAGUUAAAAUAGAUUUAUUUAUUUAUUUAUUUAUUUAUUGUCUUUUGUCCUUUUAGGGCCGCACCUGUGGCGCAUGGAGGUUCCCAGGCUAGGGGUCUAAUCAGAGCUACGGCUCCCGGCCUACACCAGAGCCACAGCAACGCCAGAUCUGAGCCACGUCUGCAACCUACACCACAGCUCACGGCAACACCAGAUCCUUAACCCACUGAGCGAGGCCAGGAAUCAAAUCCACAACCUCAUGGAUGCCAGUUGGAUUUGUUUCCGCUGAGCUACAAUGGGAACUCCCUUCUCUCCUCAGAUUUCUAUAAUGCAAAUAUUGUUUCACUUGAUCUUGUGCCAUAAUUCCCCAGAGGCUGCUUAAGAAACAAAUGUUGUUUAAUAUUCCAGAAAAUCAAAAAUAUUAGUUAAUACUUUACUCUUGUCAGUUUUUAUUUUUUACUGAUGGUAUUGCUGUUAUUAUAUACUACAUACUAUAACUAAUAUUUAUUAAUAAUAAUUUAUUUACAAACAACUCUUUGCUAUUUCCUUAAGCAUUAGCUGUGUUAAUUUCCUUGCUUUCUACUUUUCACUUAUUGUAACAUAUUCACAUACUGUAUUAUUUGAAAUCCACAAUCUUUAGAACCAACUGAGGUGUAUAUUGGAGCACUGUAUUCUGUUUGUGUUCUUUUAGAUAAAAUACUAAAAAACACUUGCUGUGCAAAAAA